AUGCGAGUACUCGGCCAACCGCAUGAAUUCUAUUCCACACUACUGAACAUGAUACGGAAUGCGCAAGAGCGUAUAUUUAUCUCCUCACUCUAUAUCGGUUCUUCUGAACAUGAGCUAGUUGGCGCACUUGAAUCAGCACUGGAUCACAAUAGGUCUCUACACGUUUACCUGCAACUCGAUUAUAAUAGGUCCACAAGACCAGGGCCGUCCUCCACGACGACCUUAUUAGCUCCCUUGUUGGAGCGUUACCCGGACCGUGUCCACGUCUCACUAUUUCGCAGUCCCAAGUUGAAGGGGCUUAUGGCUAAGCUGGUACCUCCACGGUUCAAUGAGGGGUGGGGAACAUGGCACGCGAAGAUAUAUGGUGCGGAUAACAAUGUUAUGAUUAGUGGAGCGAACCUGAACAAGUCUUAUUUCACGGACCGACAAGAUCGUUACCUGCACUUCUCGUCUGAGCCCACUUUAGCGAAUUACUGCUUCGGGUUUCUUAAGACUGUAUCGACGUUCUCAUUCAAAGUACUUGCGUCUGGCCCUCACUCUGCAACUCCACCAACUCCAGUCUGGACGGACUCUUCAGUACACCCUCACAACAUUGAAGCGAAAGCCGCCACAGCUCUCAAGACCUUCCAAGCCGCGCAUACGAAUUCUCGACGACUAUCUUCUUCUAUAUCGGAGGACGAGACCCUAAUCAUGCCUGUCAUUCAAGGGGGACAGUUUGGCAUACGCGAAGAAGAACGUGGCAUGUCGAUGUUGUUCAAGCAUAUAUCCAAAGCUGUCGCCGCAUCCACAGGCGAGAAGCCUCUGAUCAACUUCACGAGCGGUUACUUCGGCCUGUACGACCCCUAUCAAGAACUCAUCUUGACGUCUGGAAUCGAUACCCGGAUUCUCUGUGCAAGUCCAUUGGCCAAUGGAUUCUACGGCUCAAGUGGCAUAUCCGGCCGUAUACCUGAAGGAUACACAUAUUUAGAGCAACGCUUCAUGAAAGCUGUCAAGAGCGCUGGCAAGGAGUGGCGCUCAGAGAUAGGCUCUGGAGUUCAUCUGGCUGAAUGGCACAAGCCAGACUGGACAUAUCAUGCGAAAGGUAUCUGGGUGUCGCCCUCACACUCCUCCGCGCCAUACCUGACAUUGUUUGGAUCUACCAACCUCAACUCCCGCUCGGCGCAUCUGGACACAGAACUCUCGUUCUUCAUGCUCACCUCUUCCGAGAGCGUACGGCGACAACUCCAAGCAGAACAGACUGCGAUCAGCGCACAUGCGGAACCAUGGAAAGGGGCUGAACGUCGUGUCCGUCUUGGCACGAAGGCUCUCGUGAAGGUAGUCGGCGGCAUGCUGUAG